AUCUUUCCCAUUUGUCGUUAAAUGCCAGAAAAACAUGGCUUGAAUCGAUACAAACAAUAUAAGCGUCAAGUGAACCGCGUCUUCAGUUGAAUUCACGCUGCUUGUUAAUUGUUUUGUUUACGUCUGUCUCGUGCACGAGCAACCUGUUGUGCUGUCCAGCUUAUUUUCCGAAGCUUUAUCCGACACUUUGUCCGAUUUGAUGCUGAAUUGCGCAAACAAGGGUCAUGCACACGUCUUAUUGGUCAGAGAUACAACUAAUGGCAGUUCUCAGAAAAAUAUCAGAAUGUCUUCACAGAGUACAAGGAUCAUUCGCACUGAAUCAAGUGUACAUCAGUGAUGUGUAGCUCCAGAGACAGCGUGGACCGCUUGCAUGAGCUGUGUGCUGUUUAUUAUGAGAAACGCCAUACGAACUGUCCAUCCUGUAGGAUGCUGGGAUAUAUCUGGCAGUGUUUCUAUUCCUCCUGUCUGCGCUUCUGGUUGAAGUGGUUCCUUCGGCUGGUCACGGGAAGAUGUGAACUUCAGCGCAUUUGUGCCCGAUGCAAAGCUGGAGCUCUGAGGACUUCACAGAUAGAGUAUUCUCUGAAAUCCUCCAAAAGCAAGGUUUUGCAAACAGCUUUAUCUGUGAAGCAGAAUGAAUUGGAGGACCGCCUGGCUCAAAUAAUACAGGAGAAGAGAAUCAAGGAGCAGAAAGACCCCACGUUUAAGGUCAAUCUUCGUCAGUGCUUGUUACAAAUAAACGGAUAUAAUGAGCUGUUUGAGGAGGUGGAAGAGCUGAGGAAGAAGGUGUUUGACUCUGAAAAUGAACAACAUGAGAACAUGCUUCUGAAGCUUUGGGAUUUGCUGAUGCCGUCAGUAAAGCUGGAAUCCAGGAUCACCAAGCAGUGGGGAAACAUCGGCUUUCAGGGCGACGAUCCCAAGACGGAUUUCAGAGGCAUGGGGAUGCUGGGACUCACAAACCUGCUUUUUUUCAGUGAGAAACACACAGACGCAGCCCGGCAGGUUCUGUCACAUGCAAAUCACCCCACACUCGGGUAUUCAUAUGCCAUCGUGGGCAUCAAUCUGACAGAGAUGGCCUACAGUUUAAUGAAGUCGGAUGCUCUGAAGCUUCAUUUCUAUAACAGUGUGUCUGGAAAAGCAGAAAUGCAGCACUUCCAUCAGUUCUACUGUUACCUGGCGUACGAGUUCGAUAAGUUCUGGUUGCAGGAGGAGCCGGAGAGCAUCAUGGAGUUUAAUCGCUACAGAGAAAAGUUCCACGACAAGGUCAAAGGUCACCUUCAGGAGCCAGAGGUCACACUCACCUUGACCCCAAAUCCAGAAAACUGAUUCCCAAUGCAUUCCAGAUCAAUUCAGAGACAAGACAAACCACAGCCGUUCUGUUUGUUUUGGCUGACUUUUAGUUUAGUUCAACGUGCAUGAAACCUUAUUUGAAUAAUAAUUAAACUGCGGUGUAAACGGUACAUCAAGUGUACAUAGCUGGUGGUUUAGCUGCGUUUACCUGGUCAGGGAACAGACUCACACUGUUAAGUAUUACUCAUAAUAAAUUAAAGCAAGACACUGCUGGUGAAAAAACUGAAUAACUAAAAAUGAGCUAAUAUUUACAACCAUACGUCUCCAGUUAAUUGACUGAUUAAGCAAUUGCGAAAUGUUUUUUGUAUUAUUAAUGUUUUAAAAAUGAUGUUUAGACGUCCAAUUGAGGCUUUAUCUAAUUAAAUAUGAUCUCAUUUCAAGCAGAAACAUCUGAAAUCUGGAUGAAAUUGAGUUAGAAAUUGUUUUAUUUGUUUUGUUCGAAAGUCGUUUGAGGCCAUGCAUUAGUAGAAUUUUCUUUUUACUUAUCACAACUUAAUUUAACUCAACAUGUUUUAUAUAUCUAUAAAAACUGUUCCUAAUCUAGAACAUCAUCUUAUAUAGACGUCAUAGAUUCAAGAAAACAACUUAUGCCUAAAUCACAAAAAAAAACAUAUCUAUGUUAUGUUGAGAUUACAAGAACAUUGUCAACAUCACAAGAAAAAUAUUUUUGUUGAUGAAAUCACAUGAAAAUUAGGUCAUCAUCACUAGACAGACAAUUUCAACCAAAAUUGUUUUCUUGUGAUUGAAACUUAAUUUUCACACGAUUUCGACAAAAAUUAAGUCGUGAACACAAAAUACAGAUUUUGUUGGGAUUGCAUGAAAAUUAAUUUGUGAUCAUAAGAAAACAACUUUUGGCAAAAUAUUGUGAAUUUUCGACAAACGCUAUUUUCUUGUGAUCAUGACUUAUUUUUCAUGCGAUUCCGACAAGUUGUUUUCCUAAGUCGUAAUUGCUAGAAAACUUUUUUCGAAAUCAUGCAAAAAAUUGAACCCUGAUCACAAGAAAAUAACUUUUGUUGAAAUCAAUUGGACAUAUGUGAUCACAACUGAAUUUUCAAGGGACUUUUCAAUGUGAUCAUAACUUUUCGCAUGAGUUCGACAAAAGUUAUUUUCUUAUGAUCACUUAGUUUUCAUGCAAUUUAAACAAAAGUUGUUUUCUUAAGUGGUGAUCACAUGAAAAUAUUGUCGAAAUCACAUGUAAAACAACUUUUGUUCAAAUCAUGUGAAAAUUUACACUAUUUUGACAAAUGCUGAUUUAUUGUGAUCAUGACAACAUAGCAAUUUAUGUCGAAAUUGCAUUAAAAUUUAGUAGAAACUUUAACUUAUACAUUGACUCGGCAAAAGCUGUAUUGUGAUCACAAUCAAGUGAAGAGUCAAGAUCACAAAAUACAGAUUUUGUCGAGUCAAAGACAAUAAUUCACACUAUUUUAAAAAAAACUGUUUUAUUGUGACCACAAAUUAAUUUUUGCAUGAUUUUGACAAUUUUUGUUAACUAUGUUAACAACAAGUUGUUUUGUGUGAUCACAAUCAAGCUAAAAGUCGUGAUCACAAAAUACAGCUUUUGCUGAGAUCGUAUGAAAAUUAAGUCGUGAUCACAAGAAAACAACUUUUGUCCAAUUCAUGCAAAAAGUUAUGAUAGCAAAAUACAUAUGUUUUCGAAAUUGCAUAAAAAACUAUGUUUUAACUACAAGAAUACAACUUUUCUUGAAAUUGUGUGAAUUUUAAAUGUAAUUUCCACAACCUAAUGUUUAUGCAAUUUUGAAAAGAGCUCAAAAGUUUUCUUGUGAUCACAAUUACAUUUUCACAAGAUUUCAACAAACAAUUUUUUCUUAGGGUCGCGAAUUAUUUUUUUUAUGCAAUUUCAACAAAAGUUGUUUUAUUAAGUCAUGGUCUUUAGAAAACCUUUUUCAAAAACACAAAAAAAUUUAGUCACAAGACAAAACUUUUCUCGAAAUCACAUGAAAAUUCACAGUAUUUCGGCAAAAGUUGUUUUAUUAUAAUCAUGACUUAAUUUUCAUGAAAUUUCAACAACAGUAGUUUUCUUAUGAUUACAAACAACUUAAGAUAACUUGUAUUAAUAUCACAUAAAUAUUAAGUCGUAAUCACAAAAAAAACAACUUUUGUCAAAAUCUUUCGAAAAGUUACGAUCACAAAAUACAGUCUUUUUCAAAAUAGCAUGAAAAUUAAGUUGUGGUCAUAAGAAAACAACUUUUGUCAAAGUCACGUGAUCAUUUGUUUUAAUUUGUGAUCACUAGUAUCAUGCAGAAAUUCACACUGUUUCACUAUACAAAGUUGUUUUAUUGUGGUCGCACCUUCAUUUUCGCGUGAUUUCAACAAAAGUUGUUUUAUUGUGGUCAUGACUUAAUUUUUAUGCAAUCUCGACUGAACUUGUAUUUUGUGAUUACAAUCAAGUGACGUCUUGAUCACAAAAUAAAACUUUUGUCGAGUCAAUGUUUAAGUUAACGUUUUGACAAUCUUCAUGCGAUUUCAGUAUAAGUUAUCAUAAGUCAUUAUCACAAGAAAAACAACUUUUGUCAAAAUCACAUGAAAAUUAAUUCAUGAUCACAAGAAAAUCAACUUUUGUUAAAAUCACAUAGAAAUCCACAGUAUUUUGACAAAAGGUUUUAUUGUAAUUACAACUUAAUUUUAAACAAACUUAACAAACUACUUUUAAUGCGAUUUCGACAAAAAUUGAUUUAUUGUGAUCACAAACUACUUUUAAUGCGAUUUCAACAAAAAUUGAUUUAUUGUGAUCACAACUUAAUUUUAAUGCAAUUUCAACAAAAGUUGAUUUAUUGGUAUCACAACUUAAUUUUGAUGCGAUUUCGACAAAAGUUGUUUUAUUGUGAUCACAAACUAAUUUUAAUGCGAUUUCGACAAAAGUUGAUUGUGAUCACAAACUAAUUUUAAUGCGAUUUCGACAAAAGUUGAUUUAUUGUGAUCACAAACUAAUUUUAAUGCGAUUUCGACAAAAGUUGUUUUAUUGUGAUCACAACUUAAUUUUGAUGCGAUUUCAACAAAAGUUGAUUUAUUGGUAUCACAACUUUAUUUUGAUGCGAUUUCGACAAAAGUUGUUUUAUUGUGAUCACAAACUAAUUUUAAUGCGAUUUCGACAAAAGUUGAUUGUGAUCACAAACUAAUUUUAAUGCGAUUUCGACAAAAGUUGUUUUAUUGUGAUCACAACUUAAUUUUGAUGCGAUUUCAACAAAAGUUGAUUUAUUGGUAUCACAACUUUAUUUUGAUGCGAUUUCGACAAAAGUUGUUUUAUUGUGAUCACAAACUAAUUUUAAUGCGAUUUCGACAAAAGUUGAUUGUGAUCACAAACUAAUUUUAAUGCGAUUGACAAAAUUUGUUUUAUUGUGAUCAGAAACUAAUUUUAAUGCGAUUUCGACAAAAGUUGAUUUAUUGUGAUCACAAACUAAUAUUAAUGCGAUUUCGACAAAAUUUUAUUUAUUGUGAUCACAAACUAAUUUUAAUGCGAUUUCGACAAAAGUUGAUUUAUUGGUAUCACAACGUCAUUUUGAUGCGAUUUUGGCAAAAGUUGUUUUAUUGUGAUCACAACUUAAUUUUAAUACGAUUUUGACAAAAGUGGUUUUAUUGUGAUCAUGACGAGAAAACAAGAAAAAGAAAUAUGAUGCAUGAUCUCUCGCGGCUCUUAUAGUUUUGAGACAUUAGUGUCAGUUUUUUCAGAGGGGAUUACGAGAAUCUCUUUUUAUCACUACAUCAUUCAGAUAAUACUGUGAACAGCCACAAAUAAAUAUUUCAAUAAACUGAAAUGUGGGGAAAACUUUUUAAGGGACAUUUUUGAUUUUGUGCAGGAAAAAGACUUCUUGAAGUCUACAAACAAAAAAUGUAUGAAGAGCAUUUUUUUAGACAAACACUUUAAAAGCCCAAAAACUUCUAAAAUGCAUUAGAAAUUACCGAUUUUUGCCUGCAGUGUCUGGCCUUAAACAUGUUUAAAUCAAUCUAAACUCCCUUCACACUUGAAUGUUUGCUCAUGGUCACAUUGUUCAUCUCAGGAAGCUGACGUUUACGUUCAUGUUCAUAAGACCUUUAGGAAGAUGUUGUUUUCUUGAAUAUGCAGAUGAUGAUUUGACCUCUUUGCAUGAUAAAGUGUGUUUAAGUUGUAUUAAACCCUGCACAGAUCCUUCCCGUGGCCUAUAUCCAAUGAUAUUUAAUAACUGUGUGUGUGUUAUAAGUGUGAAUAUUGUUCUUCAGACCUCAACUCGAUUCCAAAGUACAGCAUUUGUGUGCACAAGCUGAUGUUGACGUGUGACGUCUUAUUUAUAAACCGUGUUCAAGAUGUAACUUUUUAUUCCUGACGACCCGAUUCAUUUUAUAGAGGUCAUUCCUAAUGUUGAAGAUUAAUAAAUCAGUGACUGAAUAUUAA